AUGGAGCGCACGCGUCCUGCGCUCUCAAUUGCGCUGCCGCUCAGCUGCCACUACCGCCACGACGACUCCCACAUGCCCAAGACACCAGAGGCACAGCAGUGCGUUGAGGCCCAGUCUGCGACCGAGCCGCCGCCUCCACCACGACCUCAGCCCUUCAAGGUCAAGCGAAAGCGCCCAUCUGCGCCCUUCCAGGAACCCAUCAUGCUCGACACCAACGUUAUCCCGACAAUAGAGAUGUCUGAAGUGCCCACGCAAAUGUCCAGCCCAACCAUGCAGCCGACUUCAGCGCACUUGCUAUCGCCUAUUCCUAUCUCAUCUACUCUACACCGCGCUUUCACUCCGCCAAAAACGCCCGCACCAAAGCUGUACACUUCCUUUAGCCAGCUCGAGAGCCCAAUGGCCGACGAGUGGGAUCUAAUCAACAACACGAAGCCGGCCUUCCAACGCGCUGGUAGCGUUUGCUCAACAUUCUCCGAUUCUUCAGUUUCAUCGUGUGGCAGCUCUGCCUUCUCCAUGCCGACAGGCGGUGGUUACGACAGCCCGCAGUCGGACGCUACCGAUCCCUUCAUGGACGACGAUUUGACUAAGCACGACAAGUUUAUGUCCUCUCCACAGCCCGAGGCUGACACACCUCAAAACAAACGCAUCAAGACGCGACGCAAUGUCACCUGGACUCCACAGAUGGACGACCACCUUUGGAUGACAUUCAUGGCUUACCUUUCCGACCCGACGCUGACGCCUUUCAAGAUGCUUCCUGGCAGCACGCCACCGAUGGGCGUGUGCGACCAGGUGGCAACCAAGGCCAAGCGAACUUGGCGUCCACGCAAGGUCGUCCCCGUCACUCCUGGCUCGAUCGAUGCUCUCUUGGAGGCCGAAGCCCGCCAGCAACGAGAAGGUUCACCCGACACCAUCCGCCCAAGCACUCUGCAAGUCAUGCAAGCGAAGUGGCCCAAGAGUGCUGCUACUCGGCGACGUCUUCGCGAGCUGUGUGCGCGGAGGCCUUCCAUAUCGGCCCAUUACCAACGCAUGCUGCGAACUCGCAGUCCGUCCCCAUUCGAGACCUCGAGUCCCGCCACCAGUGGACUUCCGCUUUCGUCUUCCUUCUCCAAUUAUGAAAUGAUGAAGACGCUUGUCACAUCCACCGCACCUUCAAUGCAACCCGACAGUAUGCUCGCGCAACUUGCCGGUGACGAGCCUCCACCGGCGCCCAAAGCGUCAAGACCACCCCGGCCCGAAGGUUGGUUCGACCGCAUACCACGCUCGAAAGCUCACCAAAAGAGCGCUUCAUUGCAGUCCGAGCUGAAGAUUCACAUGCAAGAUAUGGAUCCCAAGCCUCUCGGCGGCCUCCAUUCGCCUUUUGAUGCAGAGCCUGGUGCUAGUCGCAGCCGCCUCUUGCGCAGCAUGGCAAACACCAAGUCUCUUGGCCGCACGGAGUUCAAUGGAAAGUCAUUGGAUUCACCUUUCGACUUCAAAGUCGGCGCGUCAACAGAUCGUCGCUCACGCAAGCGUCGCUUCAGAUCAGACGAGGAGAAACCACGUCGGCCCGUUCUGACCGAUGAUAUUUUUGGCCCUCCUGUCGACCAGCAGAAUGUGGUGCGUGGCCGUGGCUUCAGCGUUGGGGCUGUCCGUGCUACAGACAAUCUCUCGAAGCUGUGCACACCUCCGUCCAUAAGUAUGGACCACGAGAUGCCUGACAUCUCCAUCACGUUGGCAGAGGCUCCCUCGGGGAGCCGUUCUGCACCACGCCGACUUGUAGAACCUGUCCCAAGGCUUGGAUCACCUUUCAUGGAGACACCACCUCCUCGCCGGCAACAGCAUAAUACAUUUCCUCGUAGCAGUCUGCUCCCAUCCAUGGGCAACCAGGAGCCUUUCCAUCAGCGUUUGCUUGAGCUUGCCAACCAGCAUGCUGGCGAAGAGACCUUGUGAUCUCAACCAGCCUUGACUCACCUUGUUAUCUGUGAAUUGCAUCUGCGCGGCGUACAUGGGCGCUCAAUAGCAUCUCCAGCACCAGCUGCAUGCUGGAGCAAACGACACCUGCAUCUCGAAGUCGACGACGGCAGUCGACUAUGACGAAACGAUAUCACGACCACAUCCGGCCUCUUCCAUUCCAUACCGGAGUGGGGGAAUGAUCCAAUGUAUCAACUUCUCUUCUCAGCCACACAUGCAUCGAGCCGCUGUUUCGACCAGCCAGCCAUACGGCGGUAUACCGAUGCUUCUUUUGAUAUCCUUCUCUUGUGCUCUUUGGACCUUUUUGACGACUCGGCGAAGAAUUUUGGUAAUAUCGGCGGGGGAUGUGACGGAAGAUGGAAGAUGGGAGCCAUGUUGCUGACUGAAGAUGUGAUGGACAUCUGACACAAACUUCUCAACUUGCUGCGGCAGUAGAAGAUACAUACUGGAUUUUUCUCAUUUCGUUCAUGUUUUCGGUCUUGUAUCUAGUCGUUGUUCUUUUUUCUUUUUGGUUUCUUUUGUUGCAAUGUGGACACGAAGAUGAGAAUUGAUGAGAAACUCCGCAGUCAUGAUAAAAAAGGACGGCGUUCGGGAGUUGUCUUUUCUGUUCCUCCGACACGUGGUACGCAUGCAAGGGCUUUUGGUGGUGGAAGAAGGGGGUUGGACAAAGGGUGACGAUGAAGAAAAAUUGGUAUCAAACGCAAAGAGCUUUGACAUGG